AUGGCAGCACUAGCAGCUAGAGCCACCCGAAUACGGAACCCAGCAUUAUUCAUAUGCGACAUCCAAGAGAAAUUCCGUGAUCAUAUCUAUGAAUUUUCCAAAGUGGUAUCAACAUCCCAAAAACUACUCAAAGCCAGUAGCCCACUGAAAAUCCCCGUCUAUGUGACGACCCAAAACCGGACGCGACUGGGCGACACCGUCUCGGAGUUGCAGCCCUAUCUCUCUAGCAACAACGUUAUUGCAGAUGUAGACAAAACGUUAUUUAGCAUGAUCACGCCUGAAGUUCUGACAUCCUUACAAAACAACAACAAUACAACCUCGGGGAGCAAAGUUGAUGCGAUUCUCGUUGGCAUCGAAACGCAUAUCUGCAUCACGCAGACGGCGCUGGAUUUGUUGGAGAGGGGCCAUAGGGUUUAUGUGCUUGCGGAUGGAGUGAGUAGUGUGAAUGCCGAGGAGAGGGGUGUUGCGUUGGCGAGGUUAAGGGAUAUAGGGGUUACGGUGACGACGAGUGAGAGUAUUAUUUUUGAAAUUCUGCAGGAUUCGAAGAAUGAGGGGUUUAAGGCGGUGAAUUCGUUGGUUAAAGAGACCAAGGAUGAUACUAGAGAGGCUUUGAAGGCGCUUUGUAAUUUGUAA